AUGGAGACACCGCCUUUUAAUCCAGAGCCAACUAGGAUGAUGACCAGAAGCGUUCUAGCUGAGAUACCAACUAGGCUAGGACGAUUAUCUAUGACAGACCCAAACAAUGGUUUGGGCCGAAAUGAUCACCAUCUCAAUAUUAUAAUGAAUACCACUAUAAGUAACUAUCCUACAUCAAUGAUGACGCCAUCCCCUAGUCCAGAUGAAUUAAUCAUCCAACAAAGGGGCCGCCGUAAAAUACCGGUUACUUUUAGUCCUGACAUUGAUGCCAUCAAACAGAAUAAUCAAGAAACUCCAACAAAAUCUGGUUGUUCUAAUUUCAAAAGUUCGAUUGUUCUGAGGAGUACUCCUCGCAAAAGAUUACUGUUAAAUGAUCCAUUGGAAUUAUCAUCUCCAGACAAAUACAAAAUUGGCUCUCCAAGUUGUAAAAAAUUACGUACUGAAGUGGCAGUUGAACUUCCAGAAGAUAAUUGUCUUUUGUCUGCUUUAAAAUCAUUGUCUCCGGAUCAGCUAAUUGGUAUAAUCGGACAGAUUGUUAUUGACCAUCCGAGUAUUGAAAAGGAAAUUAGAUCACACUUCCCUGUGGCCGACUUAAAGCCCCUUGAAGAGCGUAUUUAUUAUUUGCGACGUAAUAUCUACAAGGCUUUACCAAGUAGCAGAUUGAUUUCAAAAACUGAUCCAACUGCCUAUAACAGAGUCUCAACCCAUGUCUUAGCAUUCAAGAAAUGUGUUGUUGAUCAAGGUAGACGCUUGGUUGAGAGCAAUCAGUGGCCAAUCGUUAUGGACUAUGUGUUCAUGGCAUGGAAGCAUGUUCGUAAUACUCCUAUAUGGGAUAAUCCUGCCCACAAUGCUGCACGCCGACAGUGUUUUAAAUCGCUAUCAGGUCAGUGUAUAACUGCCCUCAAACACAUGAAGGACUCUAUGAACCAGCAAAGCUGUGACAAUUAUAAAAACCAAUUGAAGCUGUUAGUGGAUGACAGUGAAGACAUAGAAUGGUGUUUGCAUUUCCUGAACAUUCGUGAGUGA